CUGCUCGGUGCAGGCAGGCGACGUGCUGCCGCUGGGCUGGGCUGGGCUGCCCGGGGGGAGAUGAUUCCUGGCCAGGAGGGAGCCUCUGGGAAGAAGACCACGGGGGAAGCAAAGUUUCGGGGCAGCUGAAGAGCCCUGGCUGCAGCCCUUCCGAGCCCGAUCACCUCCCUGGCUAUGGAGGGAGGACUCUAAAAUGAAUCCCGAUCUGGACACCGGCCACAACACAUCAGCACCUGCCCACUGGGGAGAGUUGAAAAAUGCCAACUUCAGUGGCCCCAACCAGACCUCCAGCAACUCCACACUGCCCCAGCUGGACGUCACCAGGGCCAUCUCUGUGGGCCUGGUGCUGGGUGCCUUCAUCCUCUUUGCCAUCGUGGGCAACAUCCUAGUCAUCUUGUCUGUGGCCUGCAACCGGCACCUGCGGACGCCCACCAACUACUUCAUCGUCAACCUGGCCAUCGCCGACCUGCUGCUGAGCUUCACCGUCCUGCCCUUCUCGGCCACCCUGGAGGUGCUAGGCUACUGGGUGCUGGGGCGCAUCUUCUGUGACAUCUGGGCAGCUGUGGACGUGCUGUGCUGCACAGCCUCCAUCCUGAGCCUGUGCGCUAUCUCCAUUGAUCGCUACAUUGGGGUGCGCUACUCUCUGCAGUACCCCACGCUGGUCACCCGGAGAAAGGCCAUCUUGGCGCUCCUCAGUGUCUGGGUGUUGUCCACCGUCAUCUCCAUCGGGCCUCUCCUUGGCUGGAAGGAGCCGGCACCCAAUGACGACAAGGAAUGCGGGGUCACAGAAGAGCCCUUCUAUGCCCUCUUCUCCUCCCUGGGCUCCUUCUACAUCCCUCUGGCGGUCAUCCUGGUCAUGUACUGCCGCGUCUACGUCGUGGCCAAGAGGACCACGAAGAACCUGGAGGCAGGCGUCAUGAAGGAGAUGUCCAACUCCAAGGAACUGACACUGAGAAUCCACUCCAAGAACUUUCACGAGGACGCCCUCAGCAGCACCCGGGCCAAGGGCCACAACCCCAGGAGUUCCAUAGCUGUCAAACUUUUCAAGUUCUCCAGGGAAAAAAAAGCAGCCAAGACCUUGGGCAUUGUGGUCGGUAUGUUCAUCCUGUGUUGGCUGCCCUUCUUCAUCGCUCUCCCGCUUGACUUCAAGAACAGAGGAUGGUUGGAAGAAAGAGGCUCAAGAGUGGAUGCGGAGAGGCCCAUUGUGGGACUGCAGCAAGGGUCUGGAAAGGAGAUUCGGACAGCUUGCACUGUCCCUCCAUUCUCGUAUGGGAAAACCUAGAUCACCCAGGCAAAAGCACGAGCUAGGACUUACAGAGAAAGCCACUUUCCUUGAAUUACUCACAUGAGGCACCCUCAGGACUUGCCCCCCCUCUUACUGAAUGUGCCCAAGGAGUGUGCCACCAUUUGCCAGGGAUCAAACUCAGGACCUUUCACUUGUGAGGCAGGCAGUAGAAGCACUGGGCCCUUUGAGCAAGGUUUUUAUUGAAGUUGGGCAUACCCAGGAAAAGGUACACCAAUCAGAAGGGUGGCUCCAUCAGUCUUCAAAAAUGGAACACAUCUGUAAGCAGCACCCAAAAUCAGAGAGAAAGGGGAAUCAAUACCUGCAUCCCCCCUUCCCCACUUCCAAUCCAUCUCUGGAAUUCCUAGCACAUGCCUGUCACAUGUUUUGCCAAAAUGAUGCUCUGUAAACCUGUUUUUUCGGUCUUGUUUAACCCAUCCCCCUUUGACGAAAGUGAAAACUGUAUCCCUUCUCCACCAGGGAUUUUCUUAUAGCACCAACUGAGAAGAUCUGAAUUUUAUAUCCUGUGGUAUGUAUUCUCAAAAUGACAGGGUUUUCACAUUACAAAUUAAAUGUAAUACUGAGUAUGCUUUCUGCAAGCUUGGUAUAAAUUCCCACUCCCAGAUUCUGCGUGGCCCCCUUCUUAAGAAUCAGAGCUCAUACAUAAAUGUGACACAAAUCCGGAGAGCCUGAAGGCUGUCCUGUCUAAAAGAAGAGUCUGGGAAUCCACAGCUCGGACGGCCAGACUAAGAUACAUCAGUCUGUGGGGUAGAACAAGGACAUGACUGCAGGCUGUCCUCAGAGGACAAGACACUGGGCAAGAACUAGUAUUUACUGACCGCUUAUCGUGU